AUGACCAACUAUACUCAACCCGUGAUCAAUCCCGACGACAUUGUCAUUCCUGUAAUGGGAAUAACUGGCAGCGGCAAGUCGACGUUCAUUUCACUGUGCACGGAGGAGAAAGUCGAUAUCGGACAUGGUCUGAUGUCUUGCACGGGAGAAUGCUUGAUGUAUAGCCUCCAACGUGGUGGCCGCACGAUACGGCUCAUCGACACUCCUGGAUUCGACGACAGCACCAGAGACGACUUGGACAUACUGACGGAGAUCGCGUACUGGUUGAGCCAAGCAUACAAACGCAUCCAGUUGGCUGGGAUCAUAUACUUACAUCCUGUUGAUGCACCUCGACUGGGAGGUGUUGCCCGCAGGAACCUCACCAUGUUCAAGCUUCUGGUUGGGAAGGACUGUUUGCGGUCAGUCGUGCUGGCGACGACGAUGUGGGACAACGUCACGCCUGAGGAAGGAUCAAGACGACAGAAUGAAUUGGCGACGACAGACGAAUUCUGGGGAGACAUGAUCAAGGCUGGAAGUCGUCUGGAGGUCCACGACAACACCGAAGCUUCGGCACUCCGGAUUAUCGACAGAAUCGUGUCCAACCGAGAAAACAUGGUCUUGGACAUUCAGAGAGAGCUGGUCGACGACCACAAACCUCUGGACGCAACAAGCGCCGGUCAGGAGCAAUCGAGGAAGUUCCUGGCUGAGAAGGCCAAAGCCGAGAGUCGUCUGCAAAAGAAGCAACAAGAGCUGGAUGAUGCGCUUCGACAGCGCCAGCAAGAAGACGCAGAGAAAAUCUUCUUGGAACAACGAAGCUAUGCUCAUCAGAUAAGCGAGAAGCAGGACAAGCUCGCAGCAAUGCACAUAGACCUUGACGAGCUUAGGCGGAAGAAAGAAGCUCAGUGGGAGCACGAGCGGGCUGAAAUUGCCAAACAGCGGAGGGAAGUCGAGGCCAUGGCCCGUCAGGUGCGGCAGCAACUCGAAGCUAUUUCACAGUCCAGAGAAGAAGAUCGCCAGCGAACAGAAAGACUCGAGACAGCGUUAGAUGGCCGUUCCCAGAAGUCUUCGAAAGACCUGACAUUGCGCAAUGCCGACGCUGUGGAGCAUGUGAAUAGAAUCAAGGAGAUCCAGCGAAACCGCGAGGAACUCGAACGUGCUCGUCAGGACGCCAUGAGGAAGGAGGCUGAGGCUUUGCAGUUGAAGUCCUUGCUGGAGAGCAUGGCCGUGAGGGAGGAGCGAUUGAUGCAGGCCGAAAUGCUGAAAGACCAGAAAAGAGCUACGAGGUGGUCAGCUGCGGGAACGUUAGCGGGAGUCGGUAGCCUGGCUAUAGCUGCUGUGGGUAUGCAAUGCACUGUCAUGUAG